AUGCAGCUCCUCUGGGACCCAGAGUACAGCAACCUGUGGAGGCGAGGUGGGCGGACAGGCGCACAGAGCAAGCACAGGGCAGGCCCAGCCACCACGCUCUCAGGAACCAGCGCUCUGCAGACCUUGUCCCCCGCCUCAAACGCAGUCCUCCUUCAGUCUCCCCCCGGCCGCCCUUUGCCCCUGCGCUUGGUCUCAGGACAAGGGAUUCAGCUCCUGCUGCACUGGCCUCCAGCUGCUCCUGAACACCCCAGGCACAGCCCAUCUGAGCUUGCUGUGCCCUCUUGCCUGACAGUUACAGGGAGCUUCCUGCUAGAGCCCCAACAGCUGGGAGAAACAGCUGGGAGCCGGGCUGAAUUUCGCGGAGACAGACUUUCCAAAAUAGCACGAGCAGACACAUCUGGCCUGGAACUGCGAUGGGGAGAAGGCGAUGACAGCGUGGACGAAGCCUGCGUCCUGGAGUUGGGGCCGUGGGCUGAGGCCCUCUGCUCCAUCCUGCGGGCUCCCCGCAACGGGACAGUCCGCUCCGCGGCAGGAGCCUGGGCUGCGCCCGCGCGGGCAGAGCGCAAACGGACUUUCGCAGAGAUGAGCGGCGAGCGAAGCCCGAGGCCCCAUCCCGGGACCCCCGCGGUCUGCUCCGCUCCCCGGCCACCCCAUCAACGCUGCCGCAGGGCGCGAUGGAAGGAAACGCUGCGGACCCGGCCGCGUCUGCACUGCCCGCGCGCCGUGCACUUGUCCCGCGCGCGGAAUGCAAACUUCGGAGCCGCUGCUCGCAGCGUCCCCAAGCGCGCGGGGACACCGGAGCGUGCAGCCGCGAAGCGCCUGCAGCCAGCCGAGCGCUCGCCCGCCCUCGCUAGCCCGCGAGGAGACGAGGGCCCAGCCUCCUUCCCACCCACCGCCACCCCACACCGCCUCCCUCCCCGGGGCCGCGCACCCUCCCAGCACAGCCCCGGAGAAGGGAAAGGCUGGGCCAAGGGGCCUCACCCGUGA